CAAGGCUUUGCUUAUGGUUCUAGAGAUGCCGACGGCUCUACUAGGGUCCAAGCCGACCCCCAAGCCCAGUUCUCCACAGCGAAGAAACUGCUAGGACAAAUGGCGCGCUCUCGAGUGCGCGUCUCUACACCACGGUCCAAAAUGGUUCCACCAGCGAUCUGACCGAGGCAAUACCCGCCGCCAUAGCGGCAGACACAGCUCUUCUCCUUGGACUAUGGGCUUAUGGCGACCAAACAUUAUUCGAUGACAAAAUCGCAGCCCUCAAAUCUGCCAUCUUCAAAAUUCGGCACAACCUUUACCAAUCUCGUCGUUGGCAUAUCCGUUGGCUCUGAAGAUCUGUACCGCAUUUCUGCAGCUGGGAUAGCUGCUAAGAGCGGACUUGGAGCAGGCGCAGUUGUGCUCGUUAGCUGUAUCAGCCAAGUCCGCGCCGUAGUAAAGGGGACUGGUUUAGCAACUGUCCAGAUCGGACAUGUUGAUACAGUUCCAGCAUGGGCGACUAAUAGCAAUUCUGCAGUUGUCUCGGCCGUGGACUGGCUUGGCGUAGAUAUAUAUCCCUAUUUGGAAACAGAGACCGAGUUGGACAGCGUCGACAACGACUCCGGUGUUUUUCAAGACGAAUAUGGCCCAACUUCUGACGUGGGGAAGGGCAAGCCAGUUUGGGUAAUGGGGACUGGCUGGCCGAAUUCCGCCCCUUAGUUUUGCAAGCUAUCCCGAGCAUCAGCAAUGCAAAGAAAUAUUGGGAUGAUGUUGGAUGUGGCUUGAUCGGAACGACGAACACCUGGUAGUUUACUCUUGUAUCUGCCAGCGUUAGCCCUUACUUCAGUGUCGUGGCCAACUCUUAGACUUUCAAUCCAUUGUCC